AUGGAUCCUUACAGCACUAAGCAAGCUGUCCUCCAGCUUGGUGUUAUCGACCUAGAGAUGGACAAGAUCUUUCAGAAGAAUCCCCCUCUCGAUAUAUCCUCAAUCCCAGCAGAAGUUUUGUCUCAAGGCUCAAUGGUGAAUGAAGAGGCUAUUUGUGAAAUGUACUCGAGACACGGAACUCAGGAGACACUGAUGACUAUCCCAAUGCGAGAUGGUCAUGAAAGCGAGAUGCGCAUGAUCAAGCAACCCAAUGCAAUGCCUAAUACUCCGCUCGUGAUUUUGAUUUAUGGUGGUGGGUUCUUUAGUGGCACGAAUAUCCAACUACUUCCCUGGGCGACAGCAACGGCCGCACUCUACGGGGCAACAGUCAUUCUCCCUUCUUACAGACUGGCACCACAACAUAAAUUCCCCAUUUCCCACAACGAUAUUUGGGAUAGCGUAAAAUGGAUUGCUGCCAAUGCCUCUUCACUAGGCGCUGAUCUCUCAAAGGGCUUCGUCAUUGGCGGCAGUUCAGCCGGAGGAAACCUGGCAAUCGUCACUGCUCACCGCGCCAUGAGAGAGAAGCUCUCCCCUUCACUGACAGGUGUGGUGGCCAUUGUCCCGCCCUGCAUGGAUGAGAAACAUGUACCAGAAAAAUACAAGCAUCUAUGGGUGUCACGCGAGCAGAACGCCAACUCACCAGUCUGUAAUGCCAAGGAUAUAGAAACCUGGAUGAGCUGGUGGGAGCCAGACUUCCUGUCUGUUGAUUUUUCGCCAUUGAAUUCGGAUGUAUCGCUUGCUGGCUUGCCACCGACUUAUGUCCAGGUCGAUGGGAUGGACACGCUGCGUGAUGAUGGAUUGAUAUACGAGAAACUCCUUCGCGACCAUGGCGUCGCUACUCGCCUGGAUGUUUAUCCCGGUAUGCCUCAUACUCAUUGGUGUUGGCCCGAGCACGCGUUAUCUGUCAAGUCUCAUAUUGAUACUCUGUCUGGUAUUGGGUGGCUGCUUGACCGGGAGCUUGAGAGAGACGAGAUCGAGCACCUCUGGAAUACGGCGCCUUAG